AUGGUAUGCAUCACCUUUGAAGCUCACUKUGAUCUCGGAUCAAGACUAAUUGACUUGCGAACGACAAGGCCUCGAAACACCUGCACGUGCUCAUUUUCAAUCGAUGGAGCGACAUCAGACAUAAGAAGUCACCUGCAACCAAGGCGGUGCAGACAGGAUCUAUUGGACCACGUUGCUGCACUUUAUGCGAGGCGAGACGUAAAUGAUGCGUAUCUGCGCGGCAUCGCCCGUGAUGCAAAGGGACAAACUUGCAGAGCCAGCGUGCGGAAGCAGCGGAGCAGAGACAGCGUCAAGCAAUCUUCAUACAGAGCAUGCAGAUGCGGCGCCGAUGUCGACACUAUUGGCAGGGGAGAAGUCAUGAUGUGCCUUGGCUGCGAAGGCGUCAUCCACCAGGUGGCCAUUGGAGGAGUUGGUCAGACGGUUGUGCUUACGCUCACUAGUGCCUAUAUGAGGGAUGGCUUUUUCCCGUUAAAUUUCCCGUUGUCGCGACGAACCACUCCUCUCAAGACCCGGAACUUUCGCGACCUCGAGCCACGAGCUUCAGGGUACCGAAGGACCCCAGAAAAUAUGGCAUUAGGGCGGCCCGUUAUGCAACAUACCGCUUGA